GUGGCCGUUUCCUCUGUUGUCUCCCCCAAAUUCACUGCAGGCCGCCUUCCCCCGUGUCCGAGGUCCAGAGCUGGCUUCUCUGCCUGGCGGUGGGAAGGUGGGGCGGUCCCGCCGCUGGGGAGUGUGGCUGGGCGGGGGAACGCCUGCUGGCUCCCGGCCCGCCGAGGCUGCGGCGCGCGGGCGGACCAGGUGGCCGCUGGCCAGGCCGGGCGCUGUGAGCUCCCGGGUGCGCGCUGCGCCCGCGGCAGGUUCCCGACCCAGAGCCGGCAACGCCGGCGCCCGCGCCCGGCCUGCGUGCGCGGCGGGAUGGCGGCGGCCUCGCGGCCUCGCGGCUGGGCGCCCAGGCCGCUCCUGCUCCUCCCGCUGCUGCUGGGACCGCUUGUGCCCGCCGGGUGCGCGGCCGCGGCCCGGCUCAGCCUGCACCCGCCCUACUUCAACCUGGCCGAGGCGGCGCGCAUUUGGGCCACCGCCACCUGCGGGGAGCGCGCGGCCGGCAGCGCGCGGCCCCGGCCCGAGCUCUACUGCAAGUUGGUGGGGGGUCCCCCCGCCCCCGGCAGCGGCCACCCCAUCCAGGGCCAGUUCUGUGACUAUUGCAAUUCCGAGGACCCCCGGAAAGCCCAUCCAGUUGCCAAUGCAAUUGAUGGAUCUGAACGUUGGUGGCAAAGCCCUCCUCUCUCCUCAGGCACACAGUACAACAAAGUCAAUGUCACCUUGGAUCUAGGACAGCUUUUCCAUGUGGCCUAUGUUUUAAUCAAAUUUGCAAAUUCUCCUCGCCCUGAUCUUUGGGUCUUAGAAAGAUCUGUAGACUUUGGAAGCACCUACUCACCUUGGCAAUAUUUUGCUCACUCUAAAGUAGACUGUUUGGAACAAUUUGGGCAGGAGGCAAACACAGCUCUCACCAGAGAUGAUGAUGUACUUUGUACUACUGAAUAUUCCCGGAUUGUACCUUUGGAAAAUGGUGAGGUUGUGGUGUCUUUGAUAAAUGGUCGUCCAGGUGCAAAAAAUUUUACCUUCUCUCACACCCUGAGGGAGUUCACCAAGGCAACGAACAUCCGCUUGCGUUUCCUGCGAACAAACACCCUUCUUGGGCACCUCAUCUCUAAAGCGCAGAGAGAUCCAACUGUCACCCGGCGGUAUUAUUAUAGCAUAAAGGACAUCAGCAUUGGCGGGCGGUGUGUUUGCAAUGGCCAUGCUGAAGUAUGCAGUGCAAACAAUCCUGAAAAACUAGGUGUGGACAUGCCCAGGUUUCGGUGUGAAUGCCAGCACCACACCUGUGGGGAAACGUGUGAUCGCUGUUGUGCUGGGUACCAUCAGAGGCGCUGGUGGCCUGCCACGUGGGAGCAGAGCAAUGAGUGUGAAGCAUGCAACUGUCAUGGCCAUGCCAUUGACUGCUACUAUGAUCCAGAGGUUGAGAGGCAGCAGGCAAGCUUGAAUAUUCAAGGCAUCUAUGCAGGUGGAGGGGUCUGCAUUAAUUGUCAGCAUAACACAGCUGGUGUAAACUGUGAAACGUGUGCAAAGGGUUAUUACCGUCCCUAUGGUGUUCCACCUGAUGCCCCCCAUGGCUGCAUCCCUUGCAGCUGUAACCCUGAGCACGCGGAUGACUGUGAGCAGGGCUCAGGCCGCUGCACCUGCAAGCCCAGUUUCCAGGGGCACAACUGUGAGAAGUGUGCGCCCGGACACUAUAACUUCCCGUUUUGCUUGAGAAUUCCUGUUUUCCCUAUUCCUACUCCAAGUCCAGAAGAUCCAGUAGCUGGAGAUAUAAGAGGGUGUGACUGUAACCUGGACGGAGUUCUCCCCGAAAUAUGUGAUACCCGCGGAAGGUGCCUGUGCCGCCCUGGGGUUGAGGGCCCCCGGUGUGAGGCCUGCCGCGUGGGUUUCUACUCCUUCCCAAUUUGCCAAGCCUGCCAGUGUUCAGCCCUUGGCUCCUACCAGACACCCUGCAGCCCAGUGACUGGACAGUGUGAAUGCCAGCCAGGGAUUACAGGACAGCGCUGUGACAGGUGUCUCUCAGGAGCAGAUGAUUUCCCCCACUGCCAAGGCUCCCGCAGUGCCUGUGACCCAGCCGGUACCCUCGACUCUAGUUUGGGAUAUUGCCAAUGCAAAUUUCAUGUGGAAAGCCCUACUUGUAGCAUCUGCAAACCACUGUAUUGGAAUCUGGCCAAAGAAAACCCUAAUGGAUGUUCAGAAUGCCAGUGCCUUGUGGCGGGAACUGUGAGUGGAAUUGGAGAGUGUGGGCAGCAAGAUGGUGACUGUCACUGCAAGUCCCAUGUCAGUGGCGAUUCCUGUGACACGUGUGAAGAUGGAUAUUUUGCUUUGGAAAAGAGCAAUUACUUUGGGUGUCAAGGGUGUCGGUGUGACAUUGGUGGAGCAAUCACCCCCAUGUGCAGUGGGCCCUUGGGAGUGUGCCAGUGCCGGGAGCAUGUCGUGGGGAAGGAGUGCCAGCGACCUGAAAACAACUACUAUUUCCCGGAUUUGCAUCAUAUGAAGUAUGAGAUUGAAGAUGGCACUACACCUGAUGGAAGAGAGGUUCGCUUUGGAUUUGAUCCUCUGGAGUUUCCUGAGUUCAGCUGGAGAGGCUACGCUCAGAUGUCCUCGGUACAGAAUGAAGUGAAAAUCAUGUUGAAUGUGGGCAAGUCAAGCCUCAACUUGUUUCAUGUUAUUCUGAGAUAUAUUCACCCUGGGACUGAAGCAGUAUCUGGCCGGGUAAUUAUUUAUCCAUCCUGGGCUAAGACAGAUGCUGCUCAAAGCAAAGAGAUCAUCUUCCUGCCAAAUAAGAAGCCAACUUUUGUCACUGUUCCUAGAAAUGGUUUUGCAGACUCAUUUUCAAUUGCACCAGGGACAUGGAUUGCUUGUAUUAAGGCGGAGGGAGUCCUCUUGGACUACCUGGUGCUGCUCCCCAGGGACUACUAUGAGGCAUCCUCACUGCAGAUGCCUGUGACAGAGCCAUGUGCUGACACAGGACCUCCUCAAGAGAAUUGCUUGCUUUACCAGCAUUUGCCAGUGACCCAAUUCCCCUGUGCCCUGGCUUGCGAGGCCAGACACUUCCUGCUUGAUGGGGAGCCAAGACCUUUGGCAGUGAGGCAGCCAACCCCUGCACACCCAGUCAUGGUGGACCUCAGCGGGAGAGAGGUGGAGCUGCUGCUGCGGCUGCGUGUCCCACAGGUCGGCCACUAUGUGGUCGUGGUCGAGUAUUCCACGGAAGCAGACCAGCUGUCCGUGGCUGAUGUGCACGUGCAAAGUCCCGGGUCUGCCCUGGUGGGCCAGGUGAACAUCUACAGCUGCAAGUACAGCGUCCUCUGCCGGAGCGUGGUGACUGACAGCAGGAGACGCAUCGCCGUGUAUGAGCUGUUGGCAGAGGCAGACGUUCAGCUCAAAGCACAUACGGCCCAGUUCCUUCUGGAUGUACCUUUUUGCACUGUAUUGGCUCAACAGCAUCAAAUUUGCAUCAUACCCAUUGAAGAAUUCUCAACUGAGUAUUUGAGACCUCAAGUCAAAUGCAUUGCCAGUUAUGGGUGGUUUGCUAAUCAAAGCGUCACUUGUGUCUCCCUGGACCCUGAAACGCCUCGAACAGCAUUCAUUUUGGAUGUCCCGAGAGAUGGGUCUUUCCCCCUCGUGCCCCUGGAGCCUUUGCCUUCUGCCACUGGGGUUGCUGGACUCACCCUGAAGGCACCACAGAACCAAGUGACCCUGAGAGGACUUGUGCCCCACCUAGGCCGAUAUGUCACUAUCGUCCAUUUUUAUCAACCAAUGCACCCAGCAUUUCUGGCACAGGUGUUUGUGGACGGAGGGCAUCUGUGGCCAGGUGUCUUCCGUGCCUCUUUUUGCCCCCAUGAACUUGGCUGCCAAGACCAAGUGAUCGCGGAAGAUCAGGCUGAGUUUGAAACCUCAACGCCCGAGGUGGCUGUGACUGUGAAGGUUCCAGAAGGGAAGUCCUUAGUGUUGGUCCGUGUUCUAGUGAUGCCUGCGGAGAAUUAUGACUACCAAAUACAUCACAGAAAAUCAGUGGACAAGUCACUUGAAUUUAUCACCAACUGUGGAGGAAACAGUUUUUAUAUUGACCCCCAGACAGCCUCCGGAUUCUGUAAGAACUCUGCCAGGUCCCUGGUGGCCCUUUACCACGAGGGUGCACUGCCUUGUGACUGCCACCCCACUGGGGCUACUGACCAUCACUGCAGCCCAGAGGGUGGGCAGUGCCUGUGCCGGCCUGGCGUCAUUGGGCGGCAGUGUACCCGCUGUCGAGUGGGCUACUAUGGAUUCCCACACUGCAAGCCGUGCAACUGUGGCCGGCGCCUCUGUGAGGAGAUGACAGGGCAGUGCCUCUGCCCUCCCCGCACGGUCAGGCCCCAGUGUGAGGUGUGUGAGGCCCAUUCCUUCAGCUUCCACCCACUGGCCGGCUGCGAAGGCUGCAACUGUUCCAGGAGGGGCACCGUUGGGGCUGCUGCCCCAGAAUGCAACAGGGAUCACGGGCGGUGCAGGUGCAAGCCCAGAAUCACAGGGCGGCAGUGCGACCGGUGUGCUUCCGGCUCUUACCGCUUCCCUGAGUGCGUUCCCUGCCGUUGCAACAGAGAUGGGACUAAGCCGGGAGUCUGUGACCCGGACACGGGAGCCUGCCUCUGCAAGGAGAAUGUGGAAGGUCCAGAAUGUAAUGUGUGUCGAGAAGGAUCAUUCUACUUGGACCCAGCAAAUCCCAAGGGCUGUACCAGCUGCUUUUGUUUUGGAGUAAAUAAUCAUUGUCACAGUAGCCAUAAAAGGAGAGCUAAGUUUGUGGAUAUGAUGGGUUGGCGCCUGGAGACUGCAGACAGAGUGGACAUCCCGGUCUCAUUCAACCCGGGCAGCGGCAGUGUGGUGGCAGACCUCCAGGAGCUGCCCUCUGCUGUUCACAGUGCAUCCUGGAUCGCACCUCUCUCCUACCUGGGGGACAAGGUGUCCUCAUAUGGGGGCUACCUCACCUACCAGAUCAAGUCCUUUGGCCUACCUGGUGACAUGGUUCUUCUGGAACGGCAGCCAGAUGUGCAGCUCACUGGUCAGCACAUGUCCGUCGUCUAUGAGGAGCCCAACAGCCCACGGCCAGACCGGCUGUAUCACGGGCGCGUACAGGUGGUGGAGGGAAACUUCAGACAUGCCAGCAGCGGUGCCCCCGUGUCCCGGGAAGAGCUGAUGAUGGUGCUGUCUAGACUGGAAGGCGUGCGCCUCCGAGGCCUCUACUUCACCGAGACCCAGCGGCUCACCCUGAGCGGGGUGGGGCUGGAGGAGGCCUCGGACGCCGGAAGCGGACGGAGAGCACAGAACGUCGAGAUGUGUGCCUGCCCCCCUGACUACACUGGUGACUCAUGUCAGGGUUGCAGCCCUGGAUACUAUCGGGAUAAUAAAGGCUCAUAUACUGGAUGGUGCGUUCCCUGCAAUUGCAACGGACAUUCAAAUCGAUGCCAGGAUGGCUCGGGGGCAUGCAUUAACUGUCAGCAUAACACUGCUGGGGAGCACUGUGAGCGCUGCAAGGAGGGCCACUAUGGGAGUGCCAUCCAUGGAUCCUGCAGAGUCUGCCCAUGUCCUCAUUCCAACAGUUUUGCCACAGGCUGUGUUGUGACUGAAGAGAACGUGAGGUGCUCCUGCAAGCCUGGGUACACGGGCACACAGUGUGAAAGGUGUGCACCAGGAUAUUUUGGGAACCCCCAGAAGUUCGGAGGUAGCUGUCAACCAUGCAAUUGUAACAACAACGGCCAGUUGGGCAGUUGUCACCCCCUGACUGGAGACUGCAUAAACCAAGAACCCAAAGAUGGCAGCCCUGGAGAAGAAUGUGAUGAUUGUGACAGCUGUGUGAUGACACUCUUGAAUGACCUGACUGCCAUGGGUGAGGAGCUCCGUGUGGUCAAGGCUCGGCUGCAGGGCCUGAGUGGCAGCACGGGUGCUCUGGAGCAGAUGAAGCACUUGGAGGCACAGACCAAGGACCUGAGGAAUCAGUUGCUCAACUACCGUUCUGCCAUUUCAAACCAUGGAUCAAAAAUGGAUGGCCUGGAAAAAGAACUGAGUAAUUUGAAUCAUGAAUUUGAAGCUUUGCAAGAGAAGGUUCAAGUAAAUGCCAGAAAAGCACAAACAUUACAUAACAGUGUUGAUCAGACGGCCCAAAGUGCAAAAGAGUUGGACACGAAGAUUAACAAUGUCAUCCGGAAUGUGCACAUUCUCUUGAAGCAGAUAUCUGGGAUGGACGGAGAAGGAAACACUCUCUAUUCGCGUGAUCUUUCCACAGAGUUGGAGGAAGCACAGCGCAUGAUGAGAGAAUUGCGAAACUUCAACUUCGCAAAGCACCUGAGAGAAGCAGAGGCUGAAAAAACAGAGGCCCAGCUCUUGCUCAAUCGGGUAAAGAGCUGGCUAGAAAAUCACCAGGUGGAGAACAACGGGCUCAUUGAGAGAAUACGGGAUUCCUUAAAUAGAUACGGAGCCAAGCUCAGUGACCUGCGCACUAUGCUCCAGCAGGCAACUGCCCAGGCAAAGCAAGCCACUGGCCUCAACCGGGAGAACGAGAAGGAUCUGGCAUCCAUCAAGAGACAAAUUAAAGAAAUGAAUUCCCUGCAGAGUGAUUUCACCAAGUAUCUAGCCACUGCCAACUCUUCCUUAUUGCAAAUCAACAUCAUGCUGCAGCUGAUGCGGAAAAGCCAGAAGGAAUAUGAAAAAUCAGCUGCCACUUUAAGUGAAGCAAGACUCGAAUUAAGUGACAAAGUGAGAGAACUCUCUAAGUCUGCCAGCAGAGCAUCCCUGGUGGUGGAGGCAGAAAAGCAUGCACAGUCUUUACAAGAGCUGGCAAAGCAGCUGGAGGAGAUCAAGAGGAGCGCCAGUGGGGAUGAGCUGGUGCGCUGCGCUGUGGACGCCGCCACUGCCUACGAUAACAUCCUCAGUGCCAUCAAAGUGGCCGAGGACGCGGCCAGCAAGGCCACCAGUGCAUCAGAGUCUGCCCUCCAGAAUGUGAUAAAGGAAGAUCUCCCAAGAAAAGCUAAAACCCUGAAUUCCAACAGUGAUAAACUGUUAAAUGAAGCCAAGCUAACACAGAAGAAGCUACAGCAAGAAAUCAGUCCGGCUCUCAACAACCUACAGCAAACUCUGAAAAUUAUGACAGUUCAGAAAGGGCUGAUAGACACCAAUAUCACUACCAUCCAUGAGGAUCUUCGUGGGAUUCAGAGAGAUGACAUCAGUGGUAUGAUCAGUGCUGCAAAAAGCAUGGUAAAAAAUGCCAAUGACAUCACAGAUGAGGUUUUGAAGGGACUCAACCCUAUUCAGACAGAUCUGGGAAGAAUUAAGGAGACCUAUGGGCACACACGGAAUGAAGACUUCAGCAAAGCUCUCACUGAUGCGGAUAAGUCAGUAAAGAAAUUAACCAACAAACUGCCUGAUCUUCUGAGCAAGAUUGAAAGUAUCAACCAACAGCUGUUGCCACUGAGCAACAUCUCUGACAAUGUGGACCGCAUACGAGAACUGAUUCAGCAGGCCAGAGAUGCUGCAAAUAAGGCUGCCAUCCCCAUGAGGUUCAACGGUAAAUCUGGAGUUGAAGUCCGGCUGCCAAAUGACCUGGAAGACUUGAAAGGAUACACGUCUCUUUCUUUGUUUCUCCAAAGGCCUAACUCAGCAGAAAACAGAGGAACUAGCAAUAUGUUUGUAAUGUACCUUGGAAAUAAAGAUGCCUCCAGGGACUACAUUGGCAUGGCAGUGAUAGGUGGCCGGCUCACAUGUAUCUACAACUUGGGCAAGCACGAGGCUGAACUCCAAGUGGACCAGGACUUGACCGAGAGUGAAACUCUGGAGGCCGUGAUGGACCGGGUGAAAUUUCAGAGAAUCUAUCAGUUUGCAAAGCUUAAUUACACCCAAAGAGCCACAUCCACUAAGCCUGGAACACCUGAACUCCUUGAUGUGGAUAGUGGGAAUAGCAACACACUCCUCAAUCUGGAUCCUGAAGAUGCUGUAUUUUAUGUUGGAGGUUACCCACCUGAUUUUAGACUUCCUAAUAGACUGAGAUUCCCUCCAUACAAAGGUUGUAUUGAAUUAGAUGACCUCAAUGAAAACGUGCUGAGCUUGUACAACUUCAAAAAAGCUUUCAAUCUGAACACAACUGAAGUGGAACCUUGUAGAAGGAGAAAGGAAGAGUCCGACAAAAAUUAUUUUGAAGGUACAGGUUAUGCUCGAAUCCCAACUCAACCAGGUGCUCCCUUGCCAACCUUCGCACAGACGAUUCAGACCACCAUGGAUAGUGGUUUGCUGUUCUUUGCAGAAAAUAAGGAUCACUUCAUAUCUCUAAAUAUAGAAGAUGGCCGACUUCUGCUACAAUACAAACUGAAUUCAGAGCCACCAAAAGAAAAAAGAAUUGGAAACGUCAUAAACAAUGGGGAAGAUCAUACGAUUUGGAUCCGAAUUUUAAGAUCCCAAAACCUUAUAAGGGUAAAUGCGAUUUCUCAAAGCGAAGUUGAAGGUGAAAUAUUUAACUUCAGCACAUACUAUCUGGGAGGAAUUCCAAUUUCAAUCAGGGAAAGGUUUAACAUUUCUACACCUGCUUUCCGAGGCUGCAUGAAAAAUCUGAAGAAAAGUAUUGGUGUUGUGAGGUUGGAUGAUACCAUAGGAGUAACAAAAGAGUGCUCUGAAGACUGGAAGCUUGUGCGAUCUGCCUCAUUCUCCAGCGGAGGACAAUUGAGUUUUGCCAAUUUGGGUUCCCCAUUUUCCAACCACGUCCAGGUCUCCUUUGGGUUUCAGACUUCUCAACCCAAUGGCAUAUUAUUAAAUCAUCAGAUCCAGACAACUAGACUGCAGGUCACCCUGGAAGAUGGUCACAUUGAACUGAGCACCAGGGAUAGCAGCAGCCCAGCUUUUAAAUCUCCACAGACAUACAUGGACGGUUUAGUGCAUUAUGUAUCUGUCAUAAGCGACCACUCUGGACUUCAGCUUCUCAUUGAUGACCAGCCUGUGCUGAACAGUCAAGGGCUACAGGACAUUUCAGAUUACCAGCAGUCCCUGCGUCUGGGCGGGGGUCAUUUUGAGGGUUGUAUCAACAACGUCUUUGUCCAGAGGCUUUCACAGAGUUCCACAGUCCUGGAUUUAGCCAAUAAAUCUACCAAGAGAGAUGUGACCCUAGGAGGCUGCAGUUUAAGCGAACAACCCUUUCUAAUGUUGCUUAAAGGUUCUACAAGGUUUAACAAGGCCAAGACUCUCAACAUCAACCAGCCAUUGCAAGACACACCAGCGGCCUCCCGGAGGAGCGUGGAGGUGUGGCCGGGUGCUCAGUCUUGCCCACCAUCUCCCUGGGUCCAGGCCAGUCACGGGGCUCUUAGGUUUGGCGACAGUCCCACCAGCCACAUGCUAUUCACACUUCCCCAGGAGUUGCUGAGACCCAGGUCACAGUUUGCUGUGGACAUACAGACAACAUCCUCCCGAGGGCUCGUGUUUUACACAGGCACCAAGAACACCUUUAUGGCUCUUUAUCUUUCGAAGGGGCGUCUGGUCUUUGCUUUGCGGGCAGAAGGGAAAAAGCUGAGGCUCAAAAGCAAAGAGAAGUGCAGCGACGGGAAGUGGCACACGGUGGUGUUCGGGCAAGACGGAGAAAAGGGGCGGUUGGUUGUGGAUGGUCUGAGGGCACAGGAGGCAAGCUGGCCUGGAAAUUCCAUGGUGAGCCUCCGGGCUCUGGUUUACCUGGGAUCGGCUCCAUCAGGGAAACCCAAGAGCCUCCCCCAAAACAGCUUUGUGGGGUGCCUGAGGAACUUCCAGUUGGAUUUGAGACCCCUGCAAACCCCUUCUGCAAGCUUUGGGGUGUCUCCCUGUUUGGGUGGCUCUUUGGAGAAAGGCAUUUAUUUUCCUCAAGAAGGAGGUCAUGUUGCCCUAGUGAACUCUGUGUUGUUGGGGCCAGAAUUUAAGCUUGUUUUCAGCAUUCGCCCAAGGAGUCUCACCGGAAUGCUAAUACAUAUUGGAAGUCAACCCAGGAAGCACUUACAUGUUUAUAUGGAGGCAGGAAAGGUCACAGCCUCUGUGGACAGUGAGGCAGGUGGGAUCUUGACAUCGGUCACACCAAAACGGUCUCUGUGUGAUGGACAGUGGCACUCGGUGACAGUCACCAUAAAACAACGCAUCCUGCACCUGGAACUGGAUGCAGACAACAGCUACUCAGCUGGACGACGCCCCUUCCCGCCUGCCAGCACGCGGGAGCCGCUACACAUUGGAGGUGUCCCAGCCAAUUUGAAGACCCUGAAGCUCCCUGUGUGGAAAUCAUUUUUUGGCUGCCUGAAAAAUAUUCAAGUCAACCACAUUCCUGUCCCUGUCUCUGAUGCCAUGGAAGUACAGGGGACUGUCAGUCUGAAUGGCUGCCCUAGCCACUGACUCAAACGCAUUACACAGUGAGGAAAUUCACCUUCAAAAGCACUGAUAACCCAGCACAGCCUCCUCUCGCCACUCGAGGUCAUUCUUGACUUAACAUACCAUCCAGACGGUUUCAUAGCAAAUCUGAUUUUGAAUCCUAACCACAUAUACCCGUCAUUUUGGCAUAUUCAGUGCUCUGUAUGUAUUUUAUAUGAAAAUCCCGUUUCUUGAAGAUGAAGAACAAAUUAUUUUAUGCUUUUGGUGAUACCAUUUUCCACUAAAAUUUAUCUUUUAAAGAACAUUAUUUUCCACUUGUUGAAAAAAAUAAAUACCUUUUACAGCACUUUAAAAACAUGCAAAUUUUACAUGUGUUAAGGGAUUUUAAUUUAUGGGGUUAAAUAAAUGCAGCAUACUCUUUAAAUCAGCCUAAAACCUAUGGUCAUUAUUAAUCAUACUGAUUGUUCAGCACUUGAUCAGUGCUCUACGUACAAUUCCACUUAGUGCAAAGAGUUCCUGAGCACACACUGGUGAGGUAUUGUGUGUGCUCGGUGUGGGACCCACAGUCAGGUGUAAAAGGAAGUAAUGCCUGCCCUGAAGGAAUAUGCAGUCCAAUUGGGGAGAUACAUAAUAUUCAUAAAAUAGUAAAUAACAAAUUGAAUUCAUGAACUGAUAAUUUCACUCGGCUUCCCGUGUUCAGUCUGCUGCCAACCAGGUCUAAAUUAUGAUUAUCAAUUCAUUGAGGGCAGAAACUAUCUAGUAGGGGAGCUGAGACGGCUAUACACUGUAAUUAAAGUUUUGAUUGGCAGAUUAACAGAAGUCAGUGGGAAAGAGGAAUCGCUUCUAGUUUUAUCUACAAAAUAAUCAACCAUGGACCAGACCAGUGUUGUUACCUAGCACCACUCUCCCCAUCAAAGACCAUGUGAGCAUUUCUGGGUCUCCUGCAUAGUGUUUGUUCAUUAGAAGAAAACUAACAAAUAAUUCUAAAGUUUGGGUAUAUUAAUGCUAUAUCGUUCCCGUACAGCUGCAUGCCCUCCAUCUUCCCUUGACUCAGUGCUCUCUUAUGCCCCCUGCACUGCAGUCCCAUGGGCUUUCUCGCAGCCAUAACUAUGCAGACAUGGAAUGUUCUCCUAAGAGUUAAUAGGUCCCCAUCACAGGGAGGAUUCAACAGAAGCUGACUGGUGGGCUUUAGAGAUUCCAUGCUGGGUUCCAGGUUGAAUUGUGUGACCUUAAGUCAUGAGCUCUGAAAACAUGAAUUUUCAAAUGAAAACUCCACCAGGUGAUUACCACUCAGAUGCUGAGUCUGCAUGAAGAGCAUCCAUUGUAUCUGUCUUUGGCAAAUCUGUACUCAGUGGGUGAUUCUCUCUUCUAGGUUCUUUGUGUCAACCUAACUGAAUCUACAAAGUUAUUCAUUAGUGUUGAUUAUUUGUUAGCACUUCCUAGAUUCAUUAUAAGGGGCAAUUAAUUCUUCACUAAUACCACUGGCUUUCCCUCCACUAGCAGCUUGAAGAACAGCUACCCAUCUGCCUUUGCUGAAUAUAAUCCCAGCAACAUCUCCUGUGACUCUCUGAGAAGGCUUGUGCAAUAGGGGAUGUAAUGUUUUGUCUCUCCAACUUCUGGAAUAUUCUAAGACACGUGACAAAUUACAAGUUUACAAGAAUCACAGGGUCAUUACAGGAAGUACAGUUGAAACAGAAAGCCCUCAGCAUGGCUCUUCUUAGACUGUAGAAGUGUGUUCUCUGAAAGGAAUGUUUGCAGCUCCUCAACUGGAGAUUAUUUAUAAACUGUAAAGUGCUGUACCAAUAUUACUGCUGCUCUCUUCUUCCUGGCUCAGAGUCUCACAGACUUGGCUGACCUCAGAGUGAAGGGCUGAGUAGGGGCAGUAGGACCACUGGUCAGGACCACUGACUGGACCAGGCCACAACAGUUGGUUUCAUUUUGGUCCCGGGCAGUGAGGCCUGGAUCGUCAGAAAACCGACACAUCUCCCUGGGUCACAGACACUUGAGGGCACCAGGUGCCUAGGCCUCAAAUUGUGUGCCGUCCUGGGCCGCCUCCUGCUGCAUCCCUCAGGGCACUUCUCGCCUCAUUCCACAGUGUACAGGGCUGUUGAGUUUUUGCCACACUCACAACCCCAUUAAGGGUAGUGGCCGGGGGCAGAACACACUAAUACCCCCUUCCUCCCAGACAGGAGGAAGACACCUCACUUCCCCACAGAGAAUGCUGACUCAGCUCCCUUCUGCUCCUACUUCCCCUGCAGGCUGCCCUGCAAAACCCCCAAACCCCACCUUGUCCGCUCCCAACCACAUGCACUUCUCUCCCAGUUCCCCAGUUUCCCUUUGACUAAUGCCAACUCUGGUAGAUCAGCACUAGCCCCAGAAAGUCUAGACGCCUGUCUUAGGGGUACUGACUUAAAGCCAGCAUAUGAGUGGAACAAUUUCUAAAUAACGUUUAACUGAAUACAAAUGGCAUAUAUGUUCACUAUAGAAAAAUGGAAUAUGCAGAAAAACAUAAAAAUCACCCAUAAUCUCAUCACUCAGAAAUCUGUAUGUUACUCUUUUUAAGUGCACAUGUAUCAUUUCCUUACAAAAAUCACAAUUACACUGUAUGUAUUAUUUUUAAUACAGUUUUUUAAAACUCUAAGCUGAGUUUCCCAGGUCUUAGACUAUAUAAAGCAUCCCAUCAGAUAAAUUUAUAAUGUAUUUAACCAACCUCCAGUUAUUGAUAGACCACUGAGUUGUUUCAGUUUUUUGUAAUUGUGAACAACACCAGAAUGAAUAUGUCAUGGAAUGUAAACUUAUUUUCUCAGAAUAAAUUCUUAGAAGUAAAACUAC